UCAAAACAAAGACAAAGAAUCUUCUCUGACUCAGCGCAACGCAGCUGUUUGUUUUUCUGGCUUUUCUGCUAUAAAAAUCUAUCGUGUGCAAAUUUCCUAAUUUCUUCACAACCAGCCGUCUUCGCACCAGCAAUGGACAAUCUGCCGGAAAAGCUGCCCGACUCGGAGUCGAGUCCGCCUCCGAUGGAUCCGAGCAAAACGCCGAAGCAAAUCUACUUUGAACUGCUGCGCACCUGGGUCCAGCACGCUCAAAUGCAGCAGCAGAUCCAGGCCUACUUUCCGUACUAUCUGAUGAACAACUACCCGCAGCUGUUCCAGCCGGGUGCCGGAUCCGGUGCGAAUGGAACAGCUGUGGUAAGUGGUAACGGUGUGGUUGCUACCGGGACGGGAACCGGUAGCCAGAUGCAACCGCAGCCACAACAGAAUGCCAACCAGAGACGUGGUGCCGAACUGUUGGAUCCCGCUCGUCAGGAAGAAAUUAUAAAUCGCAAUGGGGGCUACGAGUAUGUAAUAGCGCCACUCUGGAAGCGAUUUGUAGCGGAGGCAAUCGAUAUUGUGAUCAUCUUCCUGCUCAAAAUUAUGACGACCAUGGCUUUUAUUGAUAUCUUAGACAUUGAUAUAUUGGACAUUGACUUCGACGCCAUCCGGAACUCGUUCGAGGAAGACUACACCGAACUGUUGUCGUUUACCUCGGAACUUAUCUUCCUCGAAAUUAUAACAAAGUUUGCGGUUUGUAUCUAUGAGACGCUUUGGACCAUCCACGGAAACGGCCAAAUUGGUGGGGCAACGCCCGGGAAAAUGCUCAUGGGAAUUCGGAUCGUCCACGUGGAAGCCGUGGUCCUACUGGAUCCGCCCCAGCAAGCGGCAUUGGCCGGCAACAAUCAGCAGAACCCGAUCAAAGCGCUGCUCUAUCCGGCCACGAAUCCGGGCUUCAAGCGGGCCCUGUGCCGAUCUGUAGCCAAGAACGCCCUGAUUGCGCUCUUCUUCCCGAUGUGCUUCCUGAUGUUCUUCUUCAAGCACAACCGGACCAUGUACGACAUCAUGACCAAGACGAUCGUGGUGGAGGACAAUCCGGCUCCGGUGCUGCGAAGGCGCUAGAGUGUGGCGCAGAGGAAGACGGCAUGAGUAGAAAAGGUAAGUUUUUAAAGUCAUUAUUGUUUCCUAUGUUCAAACCACACAUAUGAAGGCACGUAGUGGAGAUAGUCAAAGUGUGCAAAAGCAGGGAUUUUUUUGGGAUUCCAGUGAAAUUUAGUUAAUAGUAAGGCAAGUGUUAACUACGUAUGGAUGGCUGUGUUGCCCCUUGAGGAAGUUGUAUGGACGGUUUACCAAAUAUUUUCUUUUUAUUCAAAUAAAUAGAGCAGUACAAGUACCA